GUUGUGCAGGUGUAAGAAUAUCAAUUUAACACCAAUAACUAACUGUCAAUACAGAGCAUGAAAUAACACAAAAACAGUAUAGAUGAGAAGCUGAAAAAAUGACUAGUAUCAUUUACGGUACGCUAUAAAAUACAGACGUCUCGGAUGCCCAGACUACGAGAAAUGUAAACAAAGAAUUUUGCUGCUCGGAAAGAUGGCGACUCCCGGGGACCGAUCUCCUCUGGAUAGUGUGCUAAACUUUGUGCCCCAAGGCCAUGAAAAGCACCUCAAGCAGGCUUUUUACAAUGCUGCUACUUUUAUUCUGAUAGUUAUCUUAGGAGCUGCUGUUGUUUCAGUUUAUUAUGUAUUCGAAAUCUUCAUCAAACCUUUGAUGUGGGCUACGCUAUGCGGCACGGUUUUGUACCCGUUCAAAUACACACUUCAUAGCACCGCGGCCGGCUGGCUUCAGGGGUUGGAGGACUCCAGCACUCCGCUGAUGGUCGGGGCGGUCGCAAUCCCGUUGACGUUCCUGAACUUUGCUUCGGAGCAGCUGGGAAGUUUAAUUUCUCGCCGAUUUAAGAUGCUGAUCGCCGUCGGAGCUGGAUUACCUGCAGCGUACGUCGUCUAUUGGUUCCUUGAUUACAUAUUUCCAGCUGUAAAAUUGUUUUUUACUUCUUUGUACAAUGGCCUGAAUAUUUUCAGUUCUUUGUGGGUAUGGACAAUCAUUAUUGCCUACAUGUUAGCUUUGAUCUUCUGGUGGACACCGCAGUCUCGUUCUCUACUAACAACCUUGUCGGUACCAGUCUGGAUUCUUCUACUUCUACAUCUCUCGACCGUUGCUGGCUGGUAUCGUAUCCCUAUCUUCUUCCUCUUUGUUAUCCUGGUUGCCCUUGGUUAUACAACUCAUCGCAAAGAACAGAUUGCAAGGGAGAGCAUGUCCAGUAGUGACCUGGAUUCAUCUUCGACUAGAGAUCAGUCAGAGACUACUGAACAAAGCACUUCAUCACCCCCUGAAGCAGGUACUGACGAUGCUGACAUUGGGCGCCCUGCCCGUCUGGAUGUCCCUCCCCUUAACAUCCCCACAGCAACCUCUACCCCCCAGACAGGAGGAGGCGGAGGCUCUCGACGUAGAAGAGUCAGAUCAGAGUCAGAGGAAGUCAGUGGGCAGAGUGUACGCUACAUCUAUGGUGUCAUCUGGGCCUGUGUGGUGUUGAGGCUGUGGAUUCAUAUGGGUCUCAUCUUCAAGCUUGUUCCAAUCUUUCUUGGUUUUUGGCUGAUCAAGAAGGUUAUGCAGCAUAUCGGAGCAUGGGAUCAGGUGAAAUACAGAUAUAAGAGUGCCAAUGAAGCUAUCACUGGAAGAAUGGAUGCCCUCAUUCCUUCUUACAUCAGAGGACUGGGCAGUCUUUUCCUAGCUGGUGAUCGCAAAGUUAUUGGAUGGUUAAAGAAUUCUCUUGAUAUGGUGAUCAGUGUCUUCAUCAUUCUGGCAAUGUUUAUAGCAAUGAUAUCACUCACUGUCAUGAUGGCUGUUCAGAUCCAGUCUGAGAGUAUGACUUUGAUACAGGUAACGGGAGAUCUUGUAAAUGAUACAGUAUCACAGCAUCCUGAACUACAAGAGUGGCUUCCUGAAACAGAUGAAAUGCAUGAAGCAAUGAGUUCAAUGUUAAACAAUGCAUAUUUGUAUGGACGAGAAUGGUUGGCUGAACAGAUACGCAACACCAUUGGUGGUGACAAUGAGAAUAUAGAAAAGCAGGUUCUGGAGAUUUGGGAUCAGCUUUAUGUGCAAUGGGUCAUAAAGAAUGGAACAGAAGAAGACUCUCCUUUGAUUGAUUCUCAUGAAUCAUUAUCUCUGAGAAGCAAUGUUAAUCUAUCAAUGGACAGUGUAUAUGACAUGCUUGGAAAAGUGGAUGGUAUCGACCUCUCUGGUUUUAUGACAGCAUUUCAAGAGAACAUAGAGACUGUGAAAUCAAUCCUAGAGUCUGUAUGGCUAGUGUUGAAAGGAAAUAUGAAUCUGAUUGCAUCUCUUUUGACUACAAUUCUCUACAUGAUUCUCGAAGGAGGAACAGCCAUUCUCAAUUUUGUUAUCUCAUUUGUUGUGUUCAUGACAACAUUAUUCUACUUGUUGAGUUUUAGUGAUAAACAAUAUCUUCCAAUGAAAUGGAUCUCUAGUCUUACACCUGUCAAUGAUUCUACAUCCAACAAGUAUGGCCAGGCUGUAGAAAAUUCUAUCAGAGGUGUAUUUGGUGCUUCAAUUAAGAUGUCUACAUUCUAUGGUCUAUAUACAUGGCUUACUCAUACCAUCUUUGGAUUACAGAUUGUAUAUGUACCAUCAGCCUUGGCUGCUCUCUUUGGUGCUAUCCCAUUUGUUGGAACUUACUGGGCAGCUGUACCAGGGGUCAUUGAACUAUUAGUCCAUGGUGAAAAGGUGUUAGCUGUUAUGCUGUUUGUUGUUCAGAUGCUUCCAAUGUAUGUUGUGGAUACUGCUAUCUACAGUGAUAUCAAAGGAGGUGGUCACCCCUACUUGACUGGCUUAGCUGUUGCUGGAGGGAUCUACUGCUAUGGAUUAGAGGGUGCUAUCAUUGGACCCAUCUUACUAUGUGUUCUCUUGGUAGCAGUGAAUAUCUUUAGUACUAUGAUACAAGGUACCAGAGCUCUUCCAGCUACCCCUGCCUCACCUCUUGGAUUAAGAUCACAGCCAAGAGAAAGGAGACUCAGGUUUGAAAGAUCUGACUCGGGAUAGUGGAACUGAAAUUGGAAAAAACAUAAACAUCUUAACCCUAUUUCAACUGGGCUAUUUCAGACCAGGAUAUACUGGGGGGUCAAUUUGACCCCCCUCCUCAGAUCUCGGCUGUUGAUUGCGCGAUCGCCGCAAAAAUUUGCACUCGGGUAGAGCCGGAUGUAAACUACAAAGUAGUAUGUUUUGCCUUUAACUCAAUUUAUAUAGCUGGUAGAUUGCUAAUUUUUGGUGAAAGUAUCAAUUUUUACAUUUCUAACAAAUAUCUACAAAAAAAUUGCAAAAAUAUAAUUUCUUAUGUCUUUAUUGUUUUUUAAAUUCUUAUGUAUUGCUUUAUUUUUUCAAACUUUUUUUUUUAUGAACUUUGUCGGGGACCCUUUUGCGAUCAUAAAUAGCAUAAAAUAAAUCCUUUUAAACCAAUAAAAGUAAAAAUAAUCAUACAUUUAUGAUUUUUGGUUGAAAAACACAAUUUGCAUCGACUUAGUACACGGAAUCACGUUUUUGAGGAAUUUUGGGUCUGACAUGCACUUACAAAAUGUUACGUAAUUUCGGAACUGCGUACCCGGGCGUCGCAAAUUUGGUCUUAAAAGAUGCGCAAGACUUGAAAGUAAAAAGUUGGCGAGCAGUGCGGUCAAAAAAAUUCGCGUGACCGCGUAGUGCCGAAAUUUGUUGAGGGGAUAUUAAAGGGUUAAACGUCUUUUGCUUUCUUAAACAUAGAGUUUAGUUGUUUUAUGAUGUGAAAAUAGUUUUAGUUUUUUUGUUCUUUUUAAUUGUAUUUUUUUAUAGAUUGGUUGCUGUUCAUUGCAUGCUAGAUUCUAAUAAGCAUGUGUAUAUAAUAUAUAUCUUGCCAGGUUUCCUUUUUUUAAUAAUAAUAAUUUCAAACUGACCACUUAUUCAUAGAAUAAGAAUUUAGAAAUUGAACAUACUGGUAUGUUGGAAUAUGAUAGAAAUUUGAAUAAUGAUCUGUUUAACUCUUGACACAUUUUUUGGAUAAAUAAGUUAAAACAUACGAAGCAAUCUUGUUAUAAAGGAUUCAUAAUAUUUAUAGAAUAUGUGUGACAUAUCACUUUGAUGUUGUCAAAAUAUUGGGACUCAUUUUUUAUUGUAAAGUAAUAAAAGUACUGCCAUGUUCAUUGUGCUAUUUAAUGUAUACUUGUGUUUUGAUUUUUUUUUAGGUACUAUAACUAUAUUUUACAGGGUAUAUGUGGAGAGUCUAAUCAAAUUAGAUGUUCAUGUAAUAUACCUUGACUUGUUGGCAACUUGUUGUAAACUGUUUGACAUUAAUCCUUAUUAAAACAAAUAUCUGCAUACAUGUAUGUAUAUAAAAUUAUUUGCAAUAAAAGAGGAAGCAGAUAAUAUGUAACCAGGCGCCAAUAAAUCCACAGAAGUCUCCAGAAAAUAGUGUGUAGUUAAAGAUCUCUUCUCAGAGGAGACUGAGCUUUGAAAUGAUAUAUACUAACAACCAUUGAAUGUUCGUAACUCUCGUCUUUACAAAGAGGAGAACGUUCACAACCAUGAUAAUACAGUGCAUUAAGAAUAGAGAUCCUCUACAUAGAAAACUAUAUCAUAGCAUUUAUGCAGUAGAAUUAUAGAUACUUUCAAUUUAACAAUUCUAAAAGACUACAUCUAUGCUGGAUACAUGGGAACUUUAAACUGUUUCUUAAAUCUUUUAUAAGAUCUUUCAAGUCUGAGAAUAAUGGGUAGUUCAUUCAAAUUCCUUGCUGCAUCAUCUGUAAAUGUACCAUAGAAUGUUACUUUUUAGGUGACUCUUAACCUCCACUGGUCAUCAUCAUGCAAAGUGACAAAAAGAGGAUUAGAACACAAUAGAGUUUUCAAAGGAGAGUCGUCAUAUUGCUCCUGAAAUUGGCACAAAUUAGACACAUCAUGUUAAUCAUAAAAGGUACGACUGCAAAAGCGUUUCCACUUAUUAAGUUAAAGGAAAUUAAAGUAAUGGGAAUUGAUUUUUCUUUUAGAAUCCAUGAUGGACAAAAUAAGGGUCCAAUUAAAACUGUGAAAUGUCACUUAGGGAUUGAUUGGUACAUCAAAAUGAGAAACAUUUCACUGUAUUAAAAUAGCAAAAUCUGAAAUGUGACCAUCCUGACCAGAAACCACUCUUGAUGCCCUCCAACUAAAAAUCACACAUUGUGCUGAAUUUUUUCUUUCUCUUGUUUUGCCUGGGCUCAUAAAUAAAGCCAUGUGAUUUCUAUGAUAAAUUGCAUUGAUUAUUGUGUAUGAUCAAUCAUUAAAGUAGGUCCCAGGACCAAGGCUAAGCUUCAUGAAUUAAGAUUAAACCAGAAUCUGCAAGUGUUUGUAUAUUUCUAAGAUUUUUUAUUUAGAAACAACUCACUUGAUUUGGGGGUGACAAACACAUAAGAGAAAAUGAUUCCUGAGAAAAUGAAGUUUUAAAUCAAAUUUUGAUAUGUAUUAUUAAGAAUGUGCAAUGCUUAUAAGUCAUUUUAAUGUGUACAAUUCAUAACUGGCCCUUCCUAGGAAUGUUAUAUUUAUUUAUUUGUUAGGAAUUGAUGUUUGUAUGUCUGACAGUUUCUUGGUCAUGGAAAUAUGGUACAAAGCUCAUUCUUGCUUCCAAGUUGCAACAAUUUAAGGCACUGAAGAAUUAAAUUAAAAUUGUCACCACUUGUUUAAUAAAAGAUAUGGGGGAUAAAUUUAUCAAUGUGAUCUGAACAGCUCAGAAAUAUAAUUUUGAAACUCUGAAAAGUGUGAUCAAGUAAAGUUGUACAUAUGUAACAUUUGUAUGUAUUUUAUAAUUAUACACUGAAAUCAUGUACUGAUUACUAGUCUAUUGGUAAAAAUAAUCAGAUGAAUCAGGAUAAUUCAGUAGUAUUGAAUUCACAAAACAUUUAAGGGCAAUGGUGAUUACCUCAGAUCUUCAUUUGUUGUAGUUACAGGCUGUUUUUUUUUUACCAAUAAUAAUCAGAAAAUAUGUGUUUAAUGUUUUCUGAAGUCCUGAAUUUCGUGAGAAUUAUUAAAGAAGAAAAGGUGUCCAACAUCAAAGCAAAACAGGAAUUCGGUCUAUGAGAGGUUUUUGAAGUAAUAAAGUAAUAUUUUUGGGACAAUAGUGUAGAAUAGAAAACAGAAUAUAAAAUUGUAUGUGGUUUGUUUUUGUUAAAUGCAAAUUAAACUUUUACUUUUCUACAUUCACUGUUUUUCAGUUACCCAUAAUGGAAAAAGAUUAUGUAAAAAUGUAUACAUCCAUGGCAAAUGCUCGAGUGUUGGCAUGAAUAUUAAAGUUAUGACUAUUGUCAAAAGGAUUGUUCAUUUAUGAAAUUACUCUCUUUUUGUCUUUACUUUUUCAGUAUAGAAUGGUUUAGUACAUUUUGGGGGUUUUCCGCUGUAAAUUGGCAAAUCUAAUGACUCUCAAUUUGAGUGUAUUAUCGCAUUUUGUAUUCUUCUAAAUGUAUUGGUGCUCAAACCUUUUCUCCGAGACAAUCUUCCUCCAGUGUGAACUCCUCUAUUUUGGAUUGUCAUAGAAAUACAUUCAUUUCUAUUUUUAGAAUUAAUUUGUUAGGAUAACAUCUUCUUUAAUGAUUUAUCUAUGUUUUAGCAAUAUGUAGUUCCAUAGCUCUUUAUAUGCAUUCUUUUCUAUUUGCUUUAUUUCCUGGGGGAAGGGACUGAUUGUGUACAUGACAGAUCUGAAUGAUUUGGUAAAAGUUGAAAUGGAUCAAGAAUAUAUUCUUAUACUUUUGUAUUAUCUAUGACCAUUGAAAUAUAACUGAUAUAAUGUAUUUGAAUGAAUGUUGAUUUUAAUGGAUGUGGUGCAUUUUAUAGAUAUUCAAAUUUAAUGAUAUCUAUAUGAUUAUGGUAUUUACUUUUCAUCCUUUGGAAAACAGCUCAUCAUAGUUCUGAAAUAAUUCCAGCAAACGUUUGUCCCAGUGUUACUGGUAGGUUAACAUGUUCCAAUUAAUAUAUUUAAAAAAAAACUCCCCAAGAAAUGGAUCUACAUGACAGAAAGGUAUUGAAGACAGUGUAUGAAACUCAGAAUGAUUAACAAAAUCUUCAUGAUACUUUUAUGUAAAGCUCUGAUGUACUUGGUAUUUAUAUUUUGAUUCGGACUGUUGAAUAAAUGUAAUAAUUGA